AUGUCAAGCUUAUCUGCAACCUCUCUACAGUCCAUUGGCAACGGAUGGAAACGCUUCUCAAACCAAGUGUGUAACAAACUCACUGACAAAGUUCAAAAAUUCUUGAACCAACAUGCUGGAGCAGAUCUGAUCAUUGUCACUGGUCCUGGAGGGGUUGGGAAAUCAUCAUAUAUCAAGUCAAUUACAGGAGAAAAUGUGAAUGUGGGCUCGACUCUCGAGUCUGGCACAAAGACCACCAGUCUUGUCCCGGUAGUCAUUGGAGGCAAGCGAUACUUAUUCCUCGACAUGCCUGGCUUCAACACGGUUGACUUUGACGAUUGGGAUAUUUUCUACAGGCUCAUGACAGCCCUGUCCAUAGUUCAUACCUAUACUGUAUUCCGUAGUGUGAUAUACGUAGACGAAGUAAAGGAAACCCGUAUCACACCACAAGCCUGCAAGAUUCUCACUUGGCUUUUCCUUUUCUGCGGUCGAGACUACAUGCCCAACGUCACGGUAGUCACUACAAAACGGGACGGGUUGAAUGAAUAUGGAAUUCAAGAUAAGCUAUCCCUAGUUGAAAAGUGGUGUGAAGAUGAGUUGUUUAAAUCUGCAGGUCGGUAUGAAACAUUGCAUCUUAUCAACGACCGGGAAGAUCGAGCUUCCCGGGCACAGCAUGAGAUCAUGGCCCGCUACCAAAAUCCUACAAAUCUGAAGCUUCAGGCUUACAUCGAAAUCGCUUCCGGGGCCACCGUUGAUCAAACGCACGCCGGCAGGUGGUUGAGGCAUGGACACAUGGCUGACAACGGCCCCGCCGACUCUCACCAUGAUGAAGAUGACGAAGGGAACACAACUCCGCCUAGUGAUGAUUCCCCUUCUAGUGAUCAGACACAAGACCAGAAUCAGCACGCACGGCAGGCAACUGGAAAUGAUGAUUCCUCUUCGAAUCCCUCGCCGAGCAAUGGAUUCUGGGAUUUUUGGAAGGAUCUUCGUUACGAAGAUGUAAAACCCUGGGUCAGCCUUCUGAUUAAUGCAGCAAGGGAAUACAUGAAGAGCGAACGAGCUUCCUCCAACGAAUACUUCCCAGAUCCCUUUGAGGACUAUGAAUCGACGGAUGCCUUUAGAGAAGCACCUUCUUUCCAAGCUUUCUUCGAUGAGCCUGAACCGGAAUUUUCUUCCCAGCCUGAGACGUCAUGCUGGCCUCUUUAG